UGCGGGAGGCAGAGAGCAGCGGCCGCCGCGAGCAACAGCGACCUGGGUACCUGGACUCAGGGCAGAAAAACCUCUCCCGGAUCAACAAAGGCAGCCUGAGCGCGCACCGCUCGUUUGCGACUCCAAAAUGCAGACUCCACAGUACCUGCAGCAACGUCGAAAAUUUGCAGCUGCCUUCUUGGCAUUUAUUUUCAUCUUGGCAGUUGUGGACACGGCUGAAGCAGGAAAGAAAGAGAAACCAGAGAAGAAGGUGAAGAAGUCUGACUGUGGAGAGUGGCAGUGGAGUGUGUGUGUGCCCACCAGCGGGGACUGUGGGCUGGGCACCCGCGAGGGCACCCGCACGGGAGCUGAGUGUAAACAGACCAUGAAGACCCAGAGGUGUAAGAUCCCCUGCAACUGGAAAAAGCAGUUUGGAGCGGAGUGCAAAUACCAGUUCCAGGCCUGGGGAGAAUGUGAUCUGAACACGGCUCUGAAGACCAGAACUGGGAGCCUGAAGCGAGCCCUCCACAACGCCGACUGCCAGAAGACAGUCACCAUCUCCAAGCCCUGUGGCAAGCUGACUAAGUCCAAACCUCAAGCAGAAUCUAAGAAGAAGAAAAAGGAAGGCAAGAAACAGGAGAAGAUGCUGGACUAAGAGCCGCCACCUUCCGUGGACCACGAAAAGGACAUCAGCAGACAGGAUCAGUUAACUAUUGCAUUUAUAUCUACCGUAGGCUUUUUAUUCAAAAAUUAUCUAUAGCUUAAGUACACAAUAGGCAGAAACAAAAUGAAAAGAAAAAUUUUGUAGUAGCAUUUUUUUAAAUGUAUCAAUAUACCAUAGUACCACUAGGGACUUAUACUAGAGGACUGUAAUCCUAUUUAGAAAGUUGACUUAUAGUACAUGUUAAGUGAUAGAAAACUGAGGUAAGUUUUUUGAAGUUAUGUGAUAUUUUACAUUAAAUUUUUUUUUUACAUUUUUUUCUUUUGGCAGCAAUUUAAAUGUUAUGACUAUGUAAACUACUUCUCUUGUUAGGUAAUUUUUUUCACCUAGAAUUUUUUUCCCAAUUGAGAAAAAUAUCUACUAAACAAAGCAGCAGUAAAAUAUGAUCAUCCUAUUUGAGGAAAAUAUCUUUUUUUCUGCCAGUGGAUUUUUUAAAAGUUAUAGUCAGCAAAAUGAGGGGAAGGUGGUCACAGCAUGUCCUAGUUCAUUGUUGACUUUUCUUAAAAAGAGAAAUCAUUAUAACAUGAAAUUAUUUCACUUUGGCAGAAAUAUUUGUUUUUUGAUGAAAUUAUUUUUCCAUUGGAGGAAAAAAAAAGAUGAGGAAAAUAAAUCAAGGUGAUGCUGAAAAAAA